AGAAUCCAGCCACAGACGGACAGCCUUGGCAACCCUGACCAAAACAAAUGGCCAUUCACGAACAACAAAAGUGGCCGACAGCCGCGAGUUUCCCGUGGUAGUCACGUCCAGCGUUUGGUCUACAGAUCUGGUGAUCAAGCCGCCGCUCCGCUCCAAGAGUUCAACCCUGCCGUGUACGGAAUCAACGCCAAUGAAUUCGUCUCUGGAGCCAACAGUGAAGCUGAACAUAAAUAA